AUGGCUUUUUUAUCCAGCCGUGGUCCCUCUGUGCUGAGAGCACCCGCCUGCCGGACCAGGUCCGCUGCAGUGGCUCGGGUCCAGCCGUCAACGGCGCGCGUCGUGCGUGCUGCGGCGGCGCCCGCCGACGCGGCCGAGGUGCAGCCGCUUGAGAACUACGAAGGCAUCGACUGGACCGAGGACCUCCCCACGCCUGUGCGGCGGCGCGUGGCUGCGCUGCGGGAGGUGCAGGCGAAGCAGGACGAGGUGCAGCGCGCCUUUGUGCGGGAGAGGGCCGAGCUGGAGGCCAAGUUCCAGGGGCAGCUCGCCCCCUUGCUCGACGAGCGGUCAGCGGUGGUGGCUGGCCGGGCAGAGGUCGGCAAGUUUGACAUCCCAGACUCCGAGGAGGAGGACGCCGGCAUCCCCGAGUUCUGGCUGACCGCCAUGACUAACCACGAGAUGGUGGGGGAGCUCAUUACGGAGCGCGAUGCUGAGGUCCUGGCGUACCUGAGUGACGUCCGCGUGACGUCACUCACAGGCGACGACGCCGGCAGCUUCCGCCUGACCUUCACAUUCUCCGAGAACCCCUUCUUCAGCAACAAGACCCUGGAGAAGACGUUCUACAUGGACGACCCCGACGAGGUGGUGCCCCGCAAGUUUGUCGGGACACAGGUCGAGUGGGAGGCCGGCAAGGACGUGACAUUCACCAUCGUGAAGAAGCGCGUGCAGGACAAGAAGGGCAAGGGGCGGCCCGCGGCCACCAUCAGCAAGAAGGAGCCCUGCGAGUCGUUCUUCAACUUCUUCCGGACGCCCGUGGUGCCCGAGAACCCUGACGAUCUGUCCGAGGAGGACCUGGAGGCGCUGCAGGAGCAGAUGGACGAGGAUUACGAGGUGGGCGUGGCGUUCAAGGAGUCGCUCAUCCCGCGCGCAGUGGAGUGGUUCACGGGCGAGGCCGCGCCGCCGAUGUACGACAACCCCGACGAGUACGAGGAGGGGGAGUUUGACCGGGACGAGUGA